GGCCGUCGCGGGUCGGCGACGGUCCAAACACCGUGCCGCCCCCAUCCCGUCCCGUCCCCAACGUCUCUUUUCCGCCGUUCUCGACGAAGCAAAAAGUGGGCCCCCCAAAUUUAAAUAUGACCGUUAAUAAAAAAAAAAAAUUAAAUUUCCAUUUUUUGAAUAAAGCCAAACGGCUACUUUUUUAAAAUAUAUAAAUUAAACCCCCAUUUUCACUAUCAAACACCAAAUUAACUUCCACAAUUCACCAUUUUCUCCUAUAAUUUUUACACUCUCUUCCACUACACUCUCAACCUUCUUCCACAUAAUUUUCAUGGAUCCGUUCAACAACCCCGAUACUCCCAACACGCCUUCGAACAACCCGAAUACUCCCACUAAUCCGACCCAACCAAAUGUUUUUUCGGUUCCGGGGUAUUAUCCAACGCUAGAACCGAACCAAUUCUCCCAAUUUUCAUCGAACGCUUUUGCGUCAUUCCAACAAUCGCCCAACCAAUUCACUCAAAUCUCCCAAAACCAAGCUCUUCAACAAAUGAUGAUGCGGGGUGCUUGGAACUUUCCACCCCAACCGAUCCCGACACCCCCCGUUCAACCCCAACCGAUCCCGACACCCCCCGUUCAAUCCGAACCCGAAGAUGAUGUGGAGAUUGUGCCCGAAACCCAACCGCCAAAAGGGAAAGGAAAAAGAAACAAAGGGAAACAAGUAGCGGGUGAUGAAGCGUCGAAACCGAAGGCGAUUAAAUGGACCCCAAUCGAAGAAGAAGCAUUAGCCAAGGCUUUCAUUGGCACUUCCGACAACCCGGUAAAAGGUAACAAUCAACCGGGUGACGGGUUUUGGUCCAAAGUAUUGACCAAGUUUCUCGCCAUGAUGGACCAAGGCCCGUAUAGAGAUAUCGACUCGGUUUCCUCGAAGUGGCGAAAGUUGAACACGACCGUUAAUCGGUUUUGCGCGGAGUAUAACAAAUUAUACACAAGUGACCGUCGUAGCGGGUGGAACGACGAAGAUGUGUUCAAAAUGGCAUUGGAAAAGUAUAAACAAAAUCAUGGUUCCAACUUUCCUCACGUUCGCGCGUGGAUGCAAAUUAAGAUCUCACGGUGUAGAGUGACGUGGAGUGGUCUGGAGGCUUUCACUAUACCGGUACACUGCUCCGUACCAUGGUGUGGUGGUAGCGUGAGGGGAGGGCAUUUAGAUUUUCAUUGGCGUGGAGGGGAGAAGGUUGGUUUUGAUUGCCCGUAUCCGCCUUCUCUCCAACAACCUAUAACCGCUCUGUCUACAAGUGUGGCCAUGGCAAGGAACGAUUCUGUUGCUGGGUAUUCAGAAAAAUGGACCACACUAGAAGCCAUCUUGACCCACGGUAGAAGAAACAAGCAUCACAUGUGUGCUGAAUUUACCUGUCGUGUUGAAGUCACACGCAUACGCAAUAGCCAAGAGUGGUUCAGGCUGACAUGUGGCGGUGGGAAUUGCAUGAAAGGUGUGGGGCGUGAAGAUAACGAUAUGUGGUGUGAUGGGUGCGAAAACCCCGUUGUCUUCCCGAGAGGAAGAUUUGUUUCUAAAAAUGUUUAG